GAUCUCAUCCGAUCGUUCUAGCACUGAAGUGUCAAGCUUAUAUUUAAAACUGAUUUGCAAAUAGUUAUGAAUCUCUGAGAUAACAUUAUUUUACAAACAUCGUUAAAUUGGUAGAAAUUAUUUAAAGUAAAUUAUGUGACAGGACAGUGGUAAAGUUUGUUAAUUACUUAGUUUAAUUGCCUUCUUGACGCUGACUUGCCGAAGCUGGGUCAUAGGUUUACGGAAGUUGCCGAGGAUAACCGAUAGAUUGCGAAAGCCUUCCCAAACAACAACCGUCGUCCCUUCCUGGUGCAUCAACUGUGUGCUGUGAUUUAUCGUUCAGGGGGCCAACACACGCGCAACAACGGACAACCCCACAGGACCGGGGGGUGCUUCUCGUGUCUCGGGAGGAAGGUCAGAGUCUACAAAGUCUUGGCUUUAAACAAGUCUAAACGCAAGCUGCUUCAUUUUUACUUCAAAAAAAAAAUCCUGCUUGCUGCGAACGCAAUUAGUCUAUCUCAAAACUAAAAAGAUUCGAUGCCUUCCAGGGACGAAAUUCGCUCCCUAUCCACUGAGCGACGCUGGAUCCCUCCUUCAACUGUAAGACGCGAUGCACUCACCCCAGAAAGCAGAAAUGAUCUCAUCUUCCGAAAGGUGCGGGGCAUUCUUAACAAGCUCACACCGGAAAAGUUCGCGAAGCUGAGCAACGACUUGCUCAACGUUGAGCUGAAUACUGAUGUGAUUCUCAAAGGUGUUAUUUUAUUAAUCUUUGAAAAGGCACUCGAUGAGCCCAAGUACAGUUCUAUGUACGCACAGCUGUGCAAGAGACUGGCCGAAGAAGCACCAAACUUUGAACAUCCGAAGCCUACUGUCGAUGGCCACAAACCACAGUCAACUUUUGAGUUACUUUUGCUCAAAAAGUGUAAGAUUGAAUUCGAGAAUCGAUCUCGAGCAACAGAAGCAUUUGAUAAUCAAGAUGAGCUCGGACCAGAGGAAGAAGAGAGGCGCCAACUGGCUAAACGUAAAAUGCUUGGGAACAUCAAAUUUAUUGGAGAGCUCGGUAAGCUCGAGAUUGUCUCGGACAAAAUUUUACAUCUGUGCAUUAGGCAGCUACUGGUGGAGAGAAGACGUGGAGGAUCCCGGGGGGACAUGGCGGAGGACAUUGAGUGCUUGUGCCAGAUAAUGCGUACCUGCGGCCGCAUCCUUGAUACAGAUGUUGGUCGUGGACUUAUGGAACAGUACUUCAAACGUAUGAACCAAUUGGCAGAGAGAAGUGAUCUCCCUCUACGUAUUCGAUUCAUGUUACGCGACGUAAUCGAGUUGCGCCGCGAUGGCUGGAUACCACGCAAAGCCACCAGUACCGAGGGACCAAUGCCCAUCAAUCAAAUUCGUAACGACAAUGACGAAUCUUCUAGAGGUGGUAGCUAUCACAGACGGGAGGAUCGCCUCGGUAAUGAAUUUCUACGACGAAUGGGACGCAGCGCUUUGGAUAUGGAUAUGGUGGGCAGCAUUCCUCUCACGUCACCCUCCUUCGGAAUGACAUCACCCUUUAGUCCCAACGGCUUUUCGAGUUCUCCGGCGAUUGGUUAUGGUCGCCACAAUCAACGCAACCCUCCAAGCUACUACCAGAACCAGAACCGUCAUCAGAUGAACUACCAAGGCAAACACAAUCAACAACAACAUAACAGCUCACAAAACUAUAAUAACAAUGGAAACAAAGAACAAUUACGAUUUAAUAAGAGUAAAAUGCUGAUAGGACAUCCGGAAGAAGUCUCUCUCAGACCUUCAGCAAAUUCAAUGAUGUUCAAGCAACCAAAUAUUGCUCCAAAUCUACCACUAGAUAAUGGUAAGGAUUUUUCUCGUUAUUAUUCUUCAAUUAAAUUAGGUACACUGUUUCAAAGGGUCCCUCAGCUCGAUGGACAAACCUCCUUACUUCUGUUAGAUAAGGUGAGACAUUUGAUUCAGUCAAAAAUGGACUUGUCGUUUGGAAUUGAAGCAUUCGAUGGAGCUAGGCGUCUCGGACAGUACAAAAUGGACAAAGAAGACCAGUUCUACUGUCUCUUUAUUCAGGAGUGCAUCUUCACUCUAGAGGACUUGAAAAAUAUAAGCCAGAAAGAAAUAAUCAAUCGCAGCAAACCUUCGACGAUUAAUAUGAGCUACGAUAGGUCUCUCCAAACGGUACAUAAUAACAUUGCCGGUUCACUUGCUAUCAAUGCAGACUCACAGGAGGAACUCGAGUACUGGUUGAAUAUGGCAAUGGGUUAUCUUAGUGUUACCCGUGCUGAAUCUCAGUUGUCAGGUCAAAGUGGUGACUACCUUUUACUACCUUUUGAACUCUUCGCAACUAUCGAGUUAAUGGACGAAUUUUGCAUUGAAAUGAAGAGCGAAUCGACGCUUCCUUCUGGUGGCGACCCAACUGUUGUUCCCGACAAAACUCUACAAGAGAAGGAGCGUAGUCUUUUGCAAAAAUAUCAGCGAAUGCUGAACACUCUUCUUCCUACGCUUGAGUCUCAGCUUACAGCCAUACAUUCGCUACAAGUGUUUUGUUUGUCGUUGAAUUUCCCGAAGGGUAUGUUAUUGCGAUGGUUCAAUGCACUCUACGAGUUUUCCAUAAUCGACGAUGAGGCCUUCUUGAAGUGGAGAGAGGAUGUUAACGACGCGUAUCCUGGAAAAGGAGAAGCUUUAUUUCAGGUAAACAGUUGGUUAAUGUGGCUGGAGGAAGCGCAAUCAACGGAAGAGGAGGACGAUGAGGAUGAAAGUGUUAACUGAAGCCGACAUAAAGAAAACUUACAAAAAAUCUUACCACGUUAUCUAAGACUUGAGGAUUUUACUAUCAACGAAAUAGACGAUUUGAAGUUUCAGUUUUAUGGAUUGUGCUGUGUCAGCAGUGUAUCACGAGAGCGCAUUCUGUUUGUCUAGCAUUAUCCUUUUUUUUUAUUUCGUGGAAGAUUUGAAACCAAACGUCUAAAAAAGCUCCCCACAACUGGCGACAGCGAAAGUGACGAGCGACAGAUUUCGCGAGUAGAGGAAGUUUUAAUGUUUUAGAUAAUUGAACAUUAAUUAGUCCGUAAUUUAUGUAUUGAAAUUCGGCCAACAUCAACGUCUAUGAUGAUACCAUACACAUACUUCCCGUGUAGAAAUUUUGGUGCGGAUGAAGUACAACUCUGAUAGUCAAGUGUAAACAUUUAUUAAAGUCACCGGGAUAAAAAUACUUAAAGCCAGUGCACUGUGUACACUAUCGCUCAAUUUGUCCACCUAUCGACUAUGCCUCAAGGUAGGGCUGGACGUUGGUCUAUCGGAUGAAGAAUUGAAACGCCUUUGUCUCGAUUUAGACAAUAUUUUUUUCUGCCACACCUGGUUCCAGUAUGAUUUUCCGUCUCAUUCUAUGCUAGCGCCAAAUCAGGAAAUUUCUACACGGGUACAUAAUUAUUCGAUAUUAUUCAUACAUAAAUGUGGUGUCCCUAAAUUUAAGGCCUACUCUUCAAGAAUGUGCUUGCAAAAAGUAACCGAAUAAUCCUCUUUAAAAGUUUGGUUUAAUUACGAGCUAAAAUUGAAUAUUUCUUUUUAAAGAGCACUUGCGAUUGGUCGUCUUUAGUUACGAAUUAAUGUUACAAACGCAUUCAACAACAUUUUCGAAGAAAGCUUUUGUACUAAACAAAAAAAUUGAAAAUAUGCCAUUAAACCUUAAAUUUUGGUACAUCCUAUAUGAUUAAAAAAAGGUCAAACAACCACCGCAGGGUGCCACUGGGAGCAACUGCCAUCUAUGAGAAUGACACUGGCUUGCAGUAGAACCGUGGUAAAUAAUUGCAAUGGCCACGUCUCACGUGCGUGAGAUGGGUGACCGUAUACACAUAUAUAUGUGUGCGUGUAUAUAUAUAUACCAGCAGUCGGCUGACUGCUGGCGUUCAACAGAAUUUUUGAUGAAAGCAUCACGUGUCAUGUAAGUGUCUAGUUUAUUUAGGCAUUUAGAAGAAUACUAAUUCAUUGUUCUAAACGCUUGAAGCAUUUUAGGCAAAAAUUAGAAGAAUGAAACCAUAGACUAAUAACACACAUUAAAUGGCUAACUAAAAUUCUAUUAGUAUUUUUAUUAUUUAUUUAAUUAAUCAAGUACUUUAUUUAAGUUCAUGUUUUACAAGUAUUGACGGUAACCAUUUUAUUUUUAUUCUGCAAUUUAGUCAAUUAUAAAUUUUUGUAUUCAAAAUAUUAAUGAUUUAAUGAUAAUAAUUAUUAUUAUUGUUGUUAUUGUCAUAUUAGGCAUACCUUUUCUUCGCAUCGCUUGACUACAUUAUUGAAAUUACAACCUGCCUGAUACAUAUCGGAACAGCUGUGUGUAAAAAAAGUUUCACCCAAAAUUGAAUACUCAAAUUCAAAAAUACCUAAUGCAUAUUGGGCUAUAACCAUCUUAAGUUAAUUGCCUCUGGAAUCCUGAAAUUACUGAAAUUUAUACAUAAGAUCUUAUAUCAAUCCUAAAGCGAGUGGUACAAGUCAGCGGAAACGUAAAAAUUGAAUAGAUUUAUUUUGGAAUUUAAUCUAUUUUAAUAUUUCCAAUUGCAAGAUGUACAAGAAAACUCGUAGACGCGCCUAUUUUACGUUUUAAUAUUGACUAAAUUCCGCAACAAAAUGGGUUCAAAUAAUGUAUUUGAAAUAGUAAAUUUAACGAUUCAUUUUUUCCCGUCUUCUUAAUGCACUAAUUUACAAUUCAAUCUUGUAAUCGUCUAAAACGCUUUAGGUGCUUAGAAGAAUGGCUGUGUAUUCUUCUGAAUGCCUAAAUUGACCAGGCACUUAGAAGACAGGUAAUUAUUUCUUCCACAAUUCUUCUGAACGCCGGCUUUCGCCCGACUGCCUGAUUUUUCUAAAUGCAUAUGUGACGUGCACCGAAGAAAGGGGGCUUACUCUGAAAAGUGAGAUUUUCCAGGGCGAGCGGUCGAAGUCGAACUGAUAGAUGCGACUUUUAGGAAAGAGAGAAGAUUCUCGAUAUCUUCCCUCUCCACCUACCAAUGCAUUAUCACGCAUAUAGCGGUGCCGUUCCCGCGUAUCACGGACGGGGUAUAUAUGAGACGCGGAAAUGUAGUGGUGAGUAGAGGGAGGUGUUUCACGGGAUCUCGAGCUCUCAAGCGAAAGCCAGAUUUCUUGGGUACCUAAUAACUCAAUUAUUAGCAAUAAGAACGUUCGAAAAUUUUGUUCCAUGGUUUUAUUAAAAAGAGCAAUUCAAAAACUAUCGAAAGAUA